CUCUGGUCGUCUGCUGACAACAACAUGAGUCGUGGAGGCGGACCGAGGGGGGGACUCAGCAGGCAAGUGACGGCGGAGACGGUUAACCAGCUCUAAGGACAGGGUCAACUUAAGUAGCUAAAGUUGUCUGAACACAAGUUUUAAGUUUUUUUUCUGACAGUCAGAGAGAAAAUAAUAUCGUCCAGCGACGUAACGCUGCAUCUGAGUGAGGGUGUCCGGUUUCCCAGUCUGAGGGAUUGCGAUGCCCUCUGACUUUAUCUCCCUUUUCAGCGGGGACCUCGACCUGAAUUCUCCCAGAUCCUUGUACUCAAAAGAAUCAGCGUAUGACCUUCUUCCCAGAGAGCUGCAGUUGCCUUCCUCCACUCAGCAGAACCCAAAAGUCAUGAGUCAAAAGAGCGGCGGAGAGGCAGGGCCUCCCCCUUCAGCAGCUGUAGCAUCAGAUGCCAUUUCCUCUUCUAUGACCAUGGAAGGCCCCCGCAGUGCUUUUCCCACCUCUUCCAGCUCCGCCAUGCAUUCCAGUACUUCAGCUACUGACCAGAACCCGGUUCACAGCGGCAAUGUGGACCCAGAGGACACCAGGAGUACCAGAGCGGUACCAGAGGUUGUCGGAGCAGAAGGUGGGAAUGGUAAUGGCAGCAGUAGCGGUAACUGCAGGGGUAGCAGUGACCUGGGAGGAGGAAGAGGUGCAACAUCCCAGGAGGCCCAGCAACAUCACCAGAUGACCCCAUCUAAGCGCCGCACCGUACUGAACAUCUCUCCACCUCCACAAGACUUGCUUGAUGACAGCCGUAUGUCCUGCCAGGAUGAAACAUCCCUGGACUCAGAGCAGAGUAACAGCAUCUGGAUGGAUGACUCUGUCUCCAACUUCAGUAUCAUGAGCACUGUCUCUUACAAUGACAACACAGAGGUGCCACGAAAGUCCCGCAAACGUACCCCUCGCCAGAGACCUGGUCCCAAGACUGUACCUGCAGAUGAAGCCAGCAUGGACGUGUUCGAUGCAGACAGUGCCAAAGGUCCACACUUCGUCCUGUCGCAGCUAGGCCCUGACAACAAGACUGUUCCAAAAGGAAGCUCUGAUGAUCCUCACACAACUAAACAGAAAGGAGGAACUCUUUCGAUGCAGUACCCACAGAAGAGUGAGGGGAAGGAGCUGAAGAUCCUUGUCCAGCCUGAGACUCAGCACCGAGCCCGCUAUCUGACCGAAGGCAGCAGAGGGUCAGUGAAGGACCGCACUCAGCAGGGCUUCCCUACUUUGAAGCUGGAGGGAGUGAAUGAGCCAGUGGUUUUGCAGGUGUUUGUGGGCAACGAUACUGGACGUGUGAAGCCUCAUGGAUUUUACCAAGCUUGCAGAGUGACUGGCCGCAACACCACAGCCUGCAAAGAGGUGGACAUUGAUGGCACAACUGUCAUUGAGGUGUCCCUUGAUCCAAGCACCAACAUGACACUGGCGGUGGACUGUGUUGGGAUUUUGAAGCUCCGUAAUGCUGAUGUUGAAGCUCGCAUCGGUGUGGCUGGGUCAAAAAAGAAGAGCACACGUGCUCGGCUGGUGUUUCGGGUCAACAUCCCCCGUCCAGAUGGUUCAGUGCUGACUCUACAGACUCCCUCAUCUCCAAUCCUGUGCACUCAGCCUGCAGGGGUGCCUGAAAUCCUGAAGAAGUCACUACACAGUUGUUCAGUGAGGGGAGGAGAAGAGGUCUUUAUCAUUGGCAAAAACUUUCUUAAAGACACCAAAGUCAUAUUUCAGGAGAAUGUCUCGGAUGAUAAAUCAUGGAAGGCAGAGGCUGAAAUUGACAUGGAGCUGUUUCACCAGAAUCACUUGAUAGUGAAGGCUCCUCCAUACCAGAACCAAGCCAUCACCUCUUCAGUGUGUGUGGGGAUCUAUGUGGUGACGAACGCUGGGAGAUCUCACGAUGUUCAGCCUUUUACCUACACUCUGGAUUCAGCAAAAAAUGAUGUUCCAGUGAAGAAAGAGAUGCCAUCUCCAGUGAAGACUUGUUCAUUUGAUGAACAAAUUAAAGUUCUAGAUAGUGCCUUGAUGCCUUCAAUGUUGCCUUUAGUAAAGAGAGAAGAUGUGACUCCAAUGGAGGUCACCAGCAACCUCCAGUCUUCUGGUGUAUUUAAGGUGAUGUAUUACAAAUUACAUUUUUUUUUAUUAAACCUUUAUUUAACCAGGAAAGGUCCCAUUGAGAUUAAAAAUCUCUUUUUCAAGUUCAAUGUCCUGGCCAAGACAGAACACCCAGCAGAACACAGAUAUGACUGCAGCCCAUCAAAUAAAAACCAGACCUUUUCCAACAACCGCCUCUCAGCCUGCAGUGAACCUGACAAACAGCAGCAACAGCAGCAACAAGCAGCGCUCUUUCAGCAAGCGAGUGACCUACUCUCUAUUCAGACCAAUUUCCUUCAGCAGACACCCUCACACCCUUCACCACCUAUGUUCCACAAUCCCAAUUCUUUGGCUGAAACACAAGAUCCACAGGGGGGAUUGUUUCAGAAAGCCUCUCAGGAGCAGGUCCAGGCCGCUCUCUUCCAAAACACCAUGACAGUACUACAGUCUCCAGACCAACAGCCCUCAACCCCUGCACUUUUCCUCCCUCAACAACAGCAGCAGCAGCAGCUGGCCUUCCUCAGUGCUCUACAAACUCCUGCCCCUGAACCACAAUCAGUAUUUCAAGCUCAGACCCAGCUCUCCCCCAUCCAGCAGAGAACCCCCAUGGAGCAGCAGCAGCCCUCGCAGGCUCAACCCCACACGCAGCCAGCCCAGCAGGCUUCCCUGUUUCAGAACAUCUCCCCACAUCCAUCAGCAAACCCACUCUCUCCAGGCCAGCAGCAGCAACAGCAAGCUGGCCUGCUGUUCUGCAACAACCCACUGUCCACUCCGGACCAGGCCUCCAGCCUCCUGUUCAGCAGCCAGGGCCAGAUGCCACCGCUGACCAGCAACAGUCUAGUUUCCCAAGAACCCCAAAACCGCUCUCUGCUCUUUUCCCAAGCCAGCAUGGUGACAGUAAACCAGCAGGACCGCUCUGAGCCCAUGGCCUUAGGGAACCCCACUGAUCCGCGACAGCAAGUCAUGUUUCAGGAGCAGCAGCCAAUGCAGCUGGGCAGCAGCUCAAACAACCGGCAGGAGCAGCCUGUGAGCCUCUUUAUGCCCCAGUCUAACAUGGCUUCCCUGCAGGGGGGACUGGCUGCUCAGGAGCUCGCACAGUCAGCCAUGUUUGCCUCACAGAACGGCGUGGCAAACCUCCAGACGACCACCUCCUCCCCUGUUCAGCAGCCAGGGACUCUGUUUCAGACUGCUGUCAGUGGGAGCAUCAAUCAGUCCAGCCAGCCUCAACAACCUAGCCUUUUCCUUUUUGGGAUUCAGAAUGAAUGCGGCCAGCUGAUGAACACUCCUGGAAACACGCUGUCGGAUCAGAUUAUAGCCAUCAGCCAGUCUGGUCAGAACCAAAGAGAGAGUGACGCACACAUCCAGUCCCUGCUCAGCCAGUCCCUGUCUCAGUCUGGCUCUGUGCAGAACAGCAUGUCUGCCUCUCAGAACAUGGAGAAGAUUGAUGACCUGCUGGUCAGCCUGCAGGAGUCAGGCAGCAACUUAACUCGUUCAUACUAGCCUUCAUACAGGUUCAUGGAUUUGUCUUUUUAUUUUUUACUCAUAAUAUCUGGAAUAAUUGUAAAAUGUAGAGUCAAAUUAUUGUCUGUUGAUAAGUACAUGCUGUAAAAGAUUUGUGAAUUAGCCCUGCAUCGUGAAGUUUGAGACCAACUGAACAUUAUGUGUUUAUAUCUGAUUACCAAAUAUUUUUCUGCUCUUUUAACGCAAUUAUUCGGCCUUCGUCGGGAUAAGGAAAAAGUCCUCAUGAUUAUUCCCCAGUGUGGCAUGAAUGAUAGAUAUCUUAUUGUUAAGUACAAACUAGGCCUGAACUAUGAAUUGGGUUUGGAAUUUCUUGGCUGAGU